GUGAGAGCGAGAGCGAGAAUCAAUCGGGUAUAAUAAUAAUAAAUUUCAACAGUCACGUACGGUUAACUACCAUCGAGCUAGCAUGUAGGUACAGUCAACUGUGUUGAGGGUACCAGUUUAUUUUCAGCAGUGGUCGCAGUUUGGUGUGCAUGGUGAAAUUUAACAGACGAACGAACGCCAUCUUUUGAAGCCAGGCAUCUUCUUGUUUGCGAAGACUGUUAACUAUCUUCUCGCGCUUAAGGAUGACUCUGAACAACAGCCAGCAUCAACCGGUGGAGAAUUUCAAGCAGGAUCUGGAUGAUUUCGAACGGUUCGCGCUGGAGAACUUAGUACGGAAUGAAUGGGGUCUUAAGGUGGCCACAUUGAAUCGACUGAUGUACUGUGGAGUUUCAGUUGAAUGUUUGGAGGUGAUCGAAGAGCGCGACUUGAACGAUAUAUUCAGCGAUGAGAGAACCAUUGGCCAGAAGAUACUGCUCCGACAUCGGCUGCGCGAGUGGCGUCGAGGAUUGCACUGGAAUUCACCCGAGCAGCCGAACAUUAAACGUCGAGUCGAGCGACGCUCGGACGACCCGCUGGAUUUGGAGAAAAAACCUCGCCUGUCCAUUGCCAGCAACAGUAUACAGCAGUUGCACACGCCAAACAUCGUACUGCCGGACACUCGCAAUCCUUCGGCAGCCAUCGCCUCUUCCUCAACAUCGUCUUCAUCGGCGAACAAUUCAAACAAUAUAAUGGACGCAGGGAACCUGCCGAUUCGAAUUACACCGGAAGCCUUGCAAAGCUUUCUGCAGACCAGCUGCUCCGGCAGGUGGGUUUUGAAUUGUUUCUCCGAAGGCCAGCAACUGGACAAGAAAGCAUUAACCGAGCUGACGCACGUUAUCGUAGAGCCCUUUCUGAUUUACAAUAUAGCAUUUACGCACGCCUUGAUGCGACACUAUGCUGAAAUCAUUGUCCAACUCUUUCCAACCGAGCGAUUGGAAACAUUUUACUGUCCAAGAAACAUUGUUCGCAAAAAUCCAACCGGUAAACUGUACGAUCGCUAUGUGAACCAGCGGCUUCGAUACAAAACCAAGUUUAAUGCGCAGCGGCCAACCAUGGUGGAAGAUUUUAACCUGCAUCGGACGUUCGCCGAAAUGAGCACAAUCGGAGAUCCCAUGAUGCAACAUCAUUACUUGGACUUCAGCAUGGAACAGCCGCCCAACCAAAGAGGAGAAUUUUCAACGACUCCACCGCAAGCGGAAAAUUUUAGCGAAGAAUCUAUGAAUAUCUAUGGCGCUGAUGACGGUUCGGGUUUGUAAGCCUCGCUGAUGGUUUGAGGUUACCAUCGAUAGUUUUUAGAUUAUAUGCCAUAUAGUAGUACUGAGAAGAUGAUGCAUUUAGUGAUUUAUUUACCGAGAUAAAUAUAAGAAUGUGUUUUAACAUUCAGCUGAUGCUUCCGAUUCGGAAAUACAAACAGUUCGAAUUUAA